GGAAGUUAGGGGAGGCCCCGCCCCCUGCCGGGGUCUCUGUGGAGCCGCGGACGCGCUGGCUUUGAGCAUCCCUGGCGGGCUAAGCGGGAGACCCUGGCGCUGCGGCUCCCGCGCCCGCGGCUCUGCCCUCCUUGGACAUGGCCAGCUCCGGAGAGGACAUGCCUAGUGAUGGCGACGUGCCCCCUGCCGCGGUCGCAGUGGCAGGCGGUGCCCACCUGCUGGGCUUCUCCGAUGAGAUCCUCCUGCACAUCCUGACCCACGUCCCCAGCACAGACUUGGUUCUGAACGUCCGGCGCACCUGCCGGAAGCUCGCAGAGCUGUGUCUGGACAAGAGCCUCACCCACACUGUGCUGCUGCAGAAGGACUACGAGGUGAGCGAGGAUAAGGUGAGGCAGCUGGUGAAGGAGAUCGGCCGGGAGAUCCAGCAGCUGAACUUGGCCGGCUGCUACUGGCUGCCAGGCGCCACCAUCGAGCACGUGGCCCGCUGCCACAGCCUGGUGAAGGUGAACCUCUCGGGCUGCCCCCUGACCUCCCUGCGCCUCUCCAAGAUGCUGUCGGCCCUACAGCACCUGCGCUCGCUGGCCAUCGACGUGAGCCCCGGCUUCGAUGCCAGCCAGCUGAGCGGUGAGUGCAAGGCCACGCUGAGCCGCGUGCAGGAGCUCAAGCAGACGCUGUUCACGCCCUCCUACGGCGUCGUGCCCUGCUGCACCAGCCUCGAGAAGCUGCUGCUCUACUUUGAGAUCCUGGACCGCACGCGCGAGGGUGCCAUCCUGUCCGGCCAGCUCAUGGUGGGCCAGAGCAACGUGCCCCACUACCAGCACCUGCGCGUCUUCUACGCCCGCCUGGCUCCCGGCUACAUCAACCAGGAGGUGGUGCGGCUGUACCUGGCGGUGCUUAGCGACCGCACGCCCGAAAACCUGCACGCCUUCCUCAUCUCUGUCCCCGGCAGCUUCGCUGAAAGCGGGGCAACCAAGAACCUCCUGGACUCCAUGGCCCGCAACGUGGCACUGGAUGCCCUGCAGUUGCCCAAGUCCUGGCUCAACGGCUCGUCUCUGCUGCAGCACAUGAAGUUCAACAAUCCCUUCUACUUCAGCUUCAGCCGCUGCGCCCUGUCCGGCGGCCACCUGAUCCAGCGCGUCAUUGACGGAGGGAAGGACCUCCGCAGCCUGGCGAGCCUGAACCUCAGCGGCUGCGUCCACUGCCUGUCCCCAGACUCCCUGCUGCGCAAGGCGGAGGACGACAUCGACAGCGGCAUCCUGGAGACGCUGGUGACGACCUGCAGCAACCUGCGGCACCUCAACCUCUCAGCUGCCCACCACCACAGCGCCGAGGGCCCGGGCAGGCACCUGUGCCAGCUGCUGGCCCGGCUGCGCCACCUGCGCUCCCUUUCCCUGCCCGUCUGCUCCGUCGCUGACUCGGCGCCACGUGCUGACCGCGCGCCGGCCCAGCCUGCCAUGCACGCCGUGCCCUGCGGCUUUGGCAAGAAGGUCCGAGUUGGUGUGCAGGCGUGUCCCGUCCCCUUCUCGGGGCAGGCGGGCCCCCAGCCUUCCUCCGUGUUCUGGUCUCUGCUGAAGGACGUGCCCUUCCUGGAACGCCUCGAGCUGAUCGGGUCCAACUUCUCCUCCGCCAUGCCGCGCAAUGAGCCCGCCAUCCGCAACUCCCUGCCUCCCUGCAGCCGGGCACAGAGCGUCGGGGACUCGGAGGUGGCUGCCAUCGGCCAGCUGGCCUUCCUGCGGCACCUGACGCUGGCCCAGCUGCCCAGCAUUCUGACGGGCUCCGGGCUGGUCAGCAUCGGCCUACAGUGCCAGCAGCUCCAGUCCCUGUCGCUGGCCAACCUGGGCAUGAUGGGGAAGGUGGUCUACAUGUCUGCCCUCUCGGACAUGCUGAAGCAUUGCAAGCGGCUGAAGGACCUCAGGCUGGAGCAGCCCUACUUUAGCGCCAAUGCCCAGUUCUUCCAGGCGUUGAGCCAGUGCUCCGCGCUUCAGCGUCUGUGCCUCGUCUCCCGCAGCGGUACUCUGCAGCCCGAGGCCGUGCUGGGCUUCAUGGCCCGCUGCCUGCAUGUCGUCGUGUGCCACAUGUUCACUGGGGAGUCUCUCGCCACCUGCAAGAGCCUGCAGCAGUCCCUCCUCCGAAGUUUCCAGGCCGAGCGGCCCGCGCUGAACGUUGUCAUCUUCCCUCUGCUGCACGAGGGCCUGACCGAUGUCAUCCGGGACGUCCCCAUGGUACACCUGGACGAGAUCACCUUAUUUAAAAGCAGAGUGGCCGAAGAGCCGCCAAACCUGUGGUGGUGACAGGGACGGCUAGCCUGGGCGAAGCUGCUUCCAUCGCCCAAGCCUCGCCACCCGCCGUCUGUCGUCUCCGUGGCCGAGGAAGCAGGACUGCCUGGACGGGCGUGUGGCCUCUGGCCGCAGUGUCACUGAUGCACGUUGCGUGUCCACAGACCCCCGGGGAGCCUGUCGGACACCAGACCUCUGGCUGAGGAAGGGAGCCCUCUGCCCCGGCCAUCCUGCACACCCAUCCUUUCCCCGGGGCUUCUGAUGCUUCCUCUUGCUUUUUCCUGUGAGGACUUGUCUCCCUGUGAAGUUUGGGUUGAGAUGGAGUGAAGAGCAUAGGCGGGAAGAACCGGCUGUCGGCCACUCAGGCCCAGCCGUGGGCAUCCUUCACCUGACACAUGGAACAUGCGUGCUGACUCCUUGGGGCCCUGACCAGGUCCCCAGGGCGCCGCACAGCCCCAAUGCUGCUCCCCCCACUUCACCCAGGAGUGUCCCUCUGCUCAUGUGUUCCUGGUCACCUACAUGAGGGGUGACCUGGGGCCCAGUGCUGGGGGUGACCGUGCGUGUGUGUGGACACGCUCACCCUGUGAGGUGUUCACACUGCUGUCCUCGAUGGCCAGGCCAGUGACCGUGGGCCCGGGGGCCCCGGGGCCCCGCCUCGGUUGGCUUUGGGUGUGAUGCAGUGAGGCGCUGUAGCUCGGGGCUGUCCUUCUCAGAGAGACACGUUUUCACCCAGUUAUGUCUCCGGUAUGUUUAUAGCCAGGAGAUGUCGGAUGAAGCAGGGCCAGUGCGGGCAGGGACCCCUGGGGCAGGGGCUGCCAGGAUGGGUUGUCGGCUUCGGAGGCUGGAGCCCCCCUGGAAGAUCUGUAUUUCUGGGGAAAUACAGAAGCACAAGGCUUCAUUAGAAAAACUUGAAAGGAAGUUUAAGGCUGAGUAGUGAUCAGAUUACCCCAUUUCAGAUAGCUUUAUUUAGCACUUUAAAAAAAUUCAGUGCAGCUAUUCCAAAAAUGAGGACCAACCUCCAGUGUCCAAGGCCUCCCUGUGUGCCCAGCUGCCGCCUCUGCCUUCUCCACUGCAAGACCCUCCCCAGACCUGGCAUCUGUGGCUGGGGGCCCCUGACACUCAGGGGACAUGGGGUGGCUUCGGCCAGGGCGCCUCAGUCUCCACAGGGCUGCCCCCCCAGGACCUUCAUGCCUGCCUCCCUCACCCUCUCGGCUGGGGGUGCAGAGCCCACCAGGCCCUGCUCACACUGCUGGUGCCCAUGCUCUGUGGCCUUCAGCCUGGCCAUCUUUCUACUCUGUUUCCAUGGUGACGGUCACCCCCAUUCUCUGUAGCGUGUCCUGCAGUAUACCUGCUAUGAAAGGACCAGGGACUUGGCCCCUGGGCAUUCCUUUGCCUGCCCUUCCCUGGGUUCUUGAGGGGCCAACAGUUCAGCAGCCCCCACCCCACCAGGCGGAGGGGUCCAGGAAGCCUUUCGACGGUGGCCACAGCACAUGGGCACUCCUGGCCUGGGGACGCAGGGCCUCCCUGUGCUCUCAUCUUCCUUAGCGCCCAGCAACUCCGGUUUUGCUCCGCGUCCCCUGAUGAGUGGACGGUGUUUGCACAGGGGAGCUGGGCUGAUCAUGCCUCUCCUUCACCCUGCUUUUCUUGCCACGGGUGCAGUCAUCUCUUCUGCCCCCAUCCUGGGCUACAGCUGGUGGCUCUCUGCCUCCAGGCCAGUGUCUGGUGGAGUCCCCCACCAGACUCCAGCCUUCACCUUCGCCUGAGAGCCACAACCUGGAUCCGUCUCUUCUGACCUCACAGGCACAGGAAAGGCUGCCCUGGGCCCCAGGUAGGGCCACGGUCCCUGAUAGGACCACACGGCUGUGGGCGAGGGUCUGAGAGGUGUGGGAGGGCCCUCCUCCCAGAUUUCUGGGCAUUUCUUUCAGAUGGCGCCUAGAGACCACCAGGCAAGGGUGAUCAGGAAGGGUGAUGUGGGGACUGACCACUUCUUGUCCUCAAAGCAAGAGUGUGGCUGGUCACAGCUUGACAGGCAAGGGGGACACAGCCCAGGACGGAGGCAGGACCCUCAUGGACCAGGCCCGGCCCACCCCCUGGACCCUGGAUGGCUCUAGGUGCCCUUCUCCUUUUAUCUAGAGCCACCUGGGCUCAGGUACAGGAGUGACCUUCUCACCGGGAAUUUGUGCAGAGGCUGCGGUUGUGUUUUCUCGCUCUCGCCUGGACGGCUGUUGUCAUG